AUGGCCGACUACGCCCAAGUUCCAUCAACCGCAAAGGUUCAACCCAAGCCUUACAAGGUGGAAAUCGAUGCCAAUGACAUUCAAUCUAUGAAACACUUGCUCGCUCACUCCAGGAUUGGUCCUGCGACCUACGAAAAUCAACAAAAAGAUCGUAGAUUCGGUAUGAACAGAGACUGGCUCAUCGAAGCCAAGAAGCAUUGGGAAGGCGCCUAUGACUGGAGAAGAUGCGAGCAAAAAAUAAACUCAUUCCCAAACUUCACAAUCCCCAUAACAGACGAUCAAGGCUCAGACUUCACCAUCCACUUCAUCGCCCUCUUCUCCAAAAACCCCAAUGCGAUCCCCCUAGCCUUUUUCCACGGCUGGCCCGGCAGCAUCCUAGAAUUCCUGGACAUGCUUUCAGUCAUCAAGAAACAGUAUCCUGAUCCUGCUGACUUGCCUUAUCAUAUCAUCGUUCCUUCAUUGCCAGGGUAUGCGUUUUCUUCUUCUCCACCGGUGGAUAGAGAUUUCAAGGCUGAGCAUAUGGCGCCUGUUAUGGAUGCUUUGAUGCAGGCGUUGGGUUUUGGGGAUGGGUAUAUUGCUCAAGGAGGGGACCUUGGGAGUUUUAUUGCUAGACAGUUGGGUGUGGAGAGUGGGGCUUGUAAAGCUUUCCACAUCAACCUCUACACACUUCCUCCACCUUCUAACGCUGACUCCCUCCACAUCUCCGAUCUUGAGAAAAAGGGACUCGAGCGUGGAAAAGCAUUCCGUGACUCUGGCUCUGCAUAUGCAAUGGAACACGGCACCCGCACAGCAACAAUCGGCCUCACGCUGUCUUCCUCACCUCUGGCUCUACUCUCUUGGAUCGGCGAAAAGUUCCUAGAGUGGACAGAUGAAGACCCCAGUGUUGACGAGAUACUCGACUCGGUAUCUUUGUAUUGGUUGACAGAUACUUAUGCUAGAUGCAUCUAUCCUUAUCGCAGUCUUUUCGGCUCCCAAGCUCCCAGCGGCCAAAACCCUCGCUUCCGACAACCGAGCAAGAAACCUCAAGGCUACUCCUAUUUCCCCAAGGAAAUCUCUCCCACACCAAUUUCUUGGGUCAAGGAGACUGGAAACUUUGCCUUUACCAAUUCUCAUGAGAAGGGUGGGCAUUUUGCUGCUAUGGAGAAGCCAGAAGAGCUUUGGGGUGAUGUUGAGAAUUUUGUCAAGGAGGCUUGGGGAAAGGAGAAGGGUGGGAGCAAGAUGUAG